CAAGAUUUAGAGAUGGACAAUUUAAGAGCAGAGGAUGAUUUACAAGACGACGAAGAGACCGGAUUGACGCAGCAUGAGAGGCGUGAGGAGCAACAAAGAAAGCAGAGGAAUACCCGACUCGAUGAGCGUUUCGCGGGCGAGUCAAGCACAUCAAAGACCGAGGAGCAAUUGACGCAGAUGGCUGUGUUCAAGAACAUGGCCAUAAAUGCGGUACUGAUAGGAUUGUGGUACGCCUUCUCGAUCUCGAUUUCGGUCUACAACAAAUGGAUGUUCUCGGCAGACAAUCUGGACUUUCAUUUCCCUCUAUUUAUCACUAGUAUACACAUGCUGGUUCAAUUCCUCCUGGCGGCCCUUGUUCUAUACCUCCUGCCACAAUUCCGACCAAAACGGCCCGAGACCGACACGGUCUCUGCAUCUGGUGGCGUCUACACGCGUUUGCACGACGAUACAGAAGGGCAAGAAGUGACGGCAGACGUGAAGCUUCAGCCGCUCAUGACACCAUGGUUCUACUUCAGCCGGAUCUCGCCUUGCGGUACAGCUACAGCACUCGACAUCGGUCUAGGAAACUUUUCGAUGCGGUUCAUCAGCUUGACCUUCUACACCAUGUGCAAAUCCUCGGUCCUUGCGUUUGUGCUUGUUUUUGCAUUUCUUUUUCGGCUGGAAAAGCCGACUGUAAAAUUGUGCUCUGUCAUUGGGGUCAUGACCGUCGGGGUGAUCCUGAUGGUCACGGGUGAGGCGGAAUUCAAUGCCCUCGGCUUCUUCCUUGUGAUGUCGGCCAGUUUCUGCUCUGGGUUCCGCUGGAGUUUGACGCAGAUCCUGCUGCUGCGCAAUCCUGCCACGAGCAAUCCGUUCUCCAGCAUUCUCUUUCUCACGCCUGUGAUGUUCCUGGCUCUUUUUCUUCUCGCUAUGCCUAUUGAAGGCCCGGUACAGGCUGUUGAGGGAUUCCGCGCACUCUGCGAAGCUCGUGGGACAUUCUACAGCAUCUUGCUCCUGCUCUUUCCCGGAACUCUGGCUUUCAUGAUGGUAUCGGCGGAAUUCGCUCUCAUUAAACGGACCUCGGUGGUGACGCUCAGCGUCUGUGGAAUCUUCAAGGAGGUCCUGACCAUCUCGGCAGCAGGUGUCGCCUUUCAUGAUGCGUUGAGCCCCAUCAACAUUUCUGGCUUGGUCGUGACCAUUGUCGCUAUCGCGGCUUACAAUUGGAUCAAGUACGACAAAAUGACAAGGGAAGCUCGU